CCCCAUCCAUCCACAGAUCACCUAUCUUUGGGUGCGUGUUCUGAGCGCGUGCCCUCGGCUUGGCCACAGCUUUUCCCGCUUGUUAUAAGAGACUGACCGAGCACACGAGCAAAAAGAUUACUGCAGUCCAAACGGCUGCCAUAAUAUCGCCUUGCCCUUCCCGGCCUACGUUUCACGACGUCUCUUGACUUUCGACGGAUCUGCACCUUAUUUUUCCUUCAGACCCAAGAGAUCCAGUGUGGGGGUGACCCUUCUGCUGGUCCUCUUUAACAAAUAUCAACUUGCGGCCGGCGUUAGUUUCGAGAAACACGAGUCGGCAAUUUCUUAAAAGAUAUAAGCUUGCGUUCAUUUCCAGCCGCCUAGUCACCAUCGUAGCAAACUUCCUGCGAUAGUCAAUCUUCCCAUCUCCAUCAUGGGAGACCGCAUGGGAGGAGUGCCUGCGCACCCUCAACAACAUGCGGGAGCUCCGCUGCAGCCGACGUUCCAGGGCUACAUCGCCACAACGAUGGAUGCCUUGAUCCUGUUCGAGGCCUGCCUAACUGGCCAAAUGUCUCACGUCCCACGGCGGCCACAUGACCGAGAGAGAAACCAACUCAUCGUCAGCGGCAACGUCUUCAUCUACGAGGAACACUCGAGCGGUAUUAAGAGAUGGACUGACGGCGUACCGUGGAGUCCCAGUCGCAUCCUCGGCAAUUUCCUCCUGUACCGGGAAUUGGACAAGCCUUUCCAGCCCGGUGAGAAGAAGCGCGCGAUGAAGAAGAACAAGGAGAAUGGUGUCUCCAAGUCCAUCGCCGCCCCGCGAUCCAACUCGGUCGGAUUCGGCGGCAUGACCGUGGCCAGCACCCUGCCGGGAUCGUACGACAACACUAAUGGUCGUGACGCCGAACGAGCCCUGGUCGGGAGCCUCGUCGACUCUUAUCAGUUCAAGCAGGACGGUCUGGUCAAGAAGACCAUCAGUGUACAAUACAAGGGGAUGCACCACCACCUAGUCUCAUACUAUAACAUCGAGGACGUGGUUCAGCGAAAACUGAUCACUCCAAUGGAAGCACCGACCCUCCAGAGCGUGACUCCCCGCUCGCAACUCAUAUCUGCGGGUAACUUCCGGGCACCAGUUGACGACCACGAGAUGGUUCUAGACGACCGCAUGCGCGGUUAUGUCAUGGCCAACGGUGGCCUACCUUACGAGUAUGGCGUGCCCAACGUAUCGAGAUCGAUGUCGGUUCCUCACGUGAACUACGCCCAGCAGGCUUGGGGAGCGCCGAGUCAAUAUCUCCCCCAGAGCCCUUCUGGAUACAGCAUGCACGGGCACAUGAGUCACGGCCUACCGCCUCCGCCGGCGACGUUCCCUCCCCCGACAAGCUCCAGUUAUUCGUUCGAUGCGUCGGGCGUUCCGCAACAACACCGACUGGCCCCGCAGAACUACGGUCAGAUGUCGCCCAACCUGAUGCGGAGACACAGCCACAUGUUCGAUACUAACGGCAGCGGCAACGUCGGAUAUCCAUCGCCACUUGGUUCGGUGAAUCGGGGUCAAAUGAAUGGCACGCCGCUUCUGCCCAGUAGCGGCAGCGUUGGGGGCCAUGGAGGCUCUCUUCACAGCUCGUUCAGCAACCCUCAGCUGUUCGAAUCGGCCACGGCCUCCAACGGACCCAGCCAGCACGGAGGCAUGUACGAGCCUACUGGCACUCCACGCCACCACAGCGGGUACGACAACGGCACGCCGAGCCAACGCACGCCGUCCUUCACCUCACAUCUGAGUUCGACCUUCGACACGGCGGCUGUCAGCCAAACCACGAACGAGUUCGAGUCGGGAACCUAACGGCGGCUUGGGAAUGGAUGACGACCAAGCUGUGACAAGCCCGGGGCUGGGCGAUGACCACGGCGGAGUGUACGGAAUGUCGUUCCAGACGUCGCAUUCCCAGUCAGUGAGCCCGCACUGGACCAGGCAUAUCAUGUAACAAGGCGCUAACGACGAAAACUAGUUAAUCGCAUUUCAAACAGCCUAGAACUUGCUUUACGGCGCAGGGGGGCACGGAGCAUAGGCAUCACGGGAUUGGCGAAUAAUGCCACAUUUGGAUGGAUGGGGGUUUUCUCGUGGCGUCGGCGGAGUUUUUUUUCUUUUUUUUUUUUGA